CAGGCUGGGCCACUCGGUUAGUUCCCUCACACAGCAGGACGUCCCCUCACCACCUCCUGAACAGCACAGCUGAAGACAAAGACAAAGACGAGAGGAGAGGAUAACCAGAGAAAAAGGAAUGUGAGGAGAAGUGGUGGAGAAGUUCUGUGAACAAGGCGAACAAGAGAAAACGGAACGUUGAGGAUAGAACGUUGGGACGUUCGGAACUGUGGUGGCAGCAUGUGGAUCUGACGGAACUGUGACGAGAGGGACCAGAGUACGAUGUGAGAGCGCUGGGGCUCUGUAGAACCAGGGUGUGAGAGCGCUAGUAGACUGCCAGGACUCAGACAUGUCGAUCACAGUCAGCCUGAAGAGGAUCACUAACCUCCCAGGGAGGUACGAUCGCAAGGUGGAACUCUCUUUCAGAGGGUUCACACAUAAAACCAAGAUCCUGCAGUGUGAAAACCUGGCCAUCUUCAAUGAGCAAUUCCGAUGGCCUCAUUAUGGGAAAGGGAUUGGAAACGAGGUUCUGACUAUCAGUGUCUACAACUGCAGCAAAGUCUUCAGCAACAGGCUGCUGGGGAAGCUGGUGGUCGGCCUGCAGCAUGUGGUAACGUCAGGACGAAUGGUGCUCAGAGAACGUCUGACUGCAGCCAACUACAGCCUGACUGAUAUGUAUGUGGAGCUGGAUAUUCGGUACCAGCCCGUCCAGGGAUCAGCUGGAGGCUGGGAGGGGGACGAGUUCCUGGACUUGGAGGACGGAGACGAGUCAGGGCUGGUGAUCAGGAACACAGCAUUUGCAGAUGCUGGGCCCAAGCAGGCCCUGCGACCUGAGCAUCUGGACCGGGCUGCCAGGAGGAUCGGCCGGGGGCUUCUUCGCACUGGAGACGAGGAUGACGAAGAUGAUGAUGACGACGACGAUGACUUUGACAUGGAUAGCAUGGAGACUUCCAACAUGACAUUCACACCCAUACUGAGUCGUUGCAGGGCUCUGUCCAGGCAUGGCCAGACUGCCAUUCCCAGAGUCCAGAGCUUCCAGGUGAAUGUUAGCAUCCUGGAGGCUCAGAAGCUGCAGGGAGUGAACAUCAACCCUGCAGUGUUCAUCCGUGUGGAGAAGGAGAAGAGACACACAGCCACUCAGAAGUCCACCAACUGUCCCUUCUACAACGAGAACUUUGUGUUUGAGUUCCAUGAGACUCAGGAUGUCUUGUUUGAUAAAGUCAUUGAAAUGACGGUGGUCAACAAGAAGCUGCUGGGACUCCUGAUGAAGCGUAUCGGAAUGUUCAAGAUCGACAUCAGCACCGUCUACAGCCAGCCAGACCACAGUUUCCACCAGAAGUGGGCUCCUCUGACCGACCCGUCCGACACUCGCUCAGGGAUCCGGGGCUACGUCAAGGCCAGCAUCACCGUGGUGAGGAAGGGAGACGACCUCAGCAUACCUUCGACCGGUGCCAAGAACGACGAGAUCGACAAGAACCUGCUGCUGCCCAGGGGGAUGCCAGCGGAGCGGCCCUGGGCCCAGUUCCUGGUGAGGGUGUAUCGGGCCGAGGGUCUGCCCAGCAUGAGCGCUGGCUUCCUGGGGAACUUCUCUAAGAUGAUGGACAGGAACGUCUUCAUAGACCCAUACGUCCAGGUCACCUUUGCUGGGCAGCAGGGAGAGACUUCCGUGGUGUCAGGCACCAACAGUCCCACGUGGAACGAGCAGAUCUCCUUCAUCGAGCAGUUCCCACCCCUCGCUCGACGAAUCAAAAUCCAGAUCCUUGAUGAUGCUAAUAUUGGGGAUGUCGCCGUGGCAACACACUUCCUGGACCUUCAACAGAUCUCUGACCCAACCAGAAAUGGGUUUGACCCAACCUUUGGCCCUUCCUGGAUCAACCUUUACGGUUCUCCCAGGAACUCAGCCCUGAGGGACGUGCACCAGGCCAUGAACGAGGGGCUGAGUGAAGGCAUCUUCUACCGCGGACGGCUCCUGUUGGGCCUCAGCGUGGAGGUCUACACCUCGCCCAACUCUGCUGCCGCGGACACCCAACCCUCCCCCGGAGUGAAGGGGGCGCUGGGCCGCCUGAAGAGGAAGAGCAAGAAGACCAAGGAGAGGAAGCAGGAUGCUGGGUCUGCAGUGGAGUCAGAGGAGGCAGGCAUGGAGGUACCAGAGGCAGUCACUGUGGAGGUGAAGGAGGUCCACCCCAUGCCUGAGGGUUUGGUGGGAGAGAAGGAGGAGUUUCUGCUGUUUGCCUCCUUUUUUGAAAUCACCAUGAUGGAUCCUGUCAUUGGGAGCAAGUCAAUCACCUUCGAACUGUCUAUAGGGAACUAUGGGAAGGUGGUGGAGGUGGCGAAGUCCAAAAAAAGUGGCAGCAAGGAGGAACUUAGCAGGAGCAGGGAUGACCUACGCAGGAACAGGGAUGACCUACGCAGGAGCAGGGAAGAUCUUUCCAGAAGCAGAGAUGACGUGAGUGUAGGCAUGGAGGAUCUGAGCGAUGACGGCCAGCCUCUGUUGGGCUCUGAAGACGAGCUGGAGAGGGGGCAGCUCUUGGACCCUGGGCCUCUGGAUAGGUCUGUCUCCAAGCCCAGAAAACCCCAGCCCACUGAGUUAGACAGGUCGUUCCGCUGUGUGCCCCUCAAGGGAGAUAAGCCUUGCCUCUACCUCUGGUGCUGCUUCGAGGACCACAGCUUCCGCUACUACAGCUCUAAUUGGUUACACAAGAUUGCUGACAGGCUGGAGAUAGGUUUGGAGGAGGUGGAGGGUCUUCUGAAGCGGCCCAGGAGCAGGGUGAAGGAACGCCUGGUGGAGGUUCUCACAGAGUUUGUGGCCAGCUGCAAACAGUACUGCUCCAAUGCAUUCAAGAAGGGAGCUUACAAACCCAACAACUUGGACAAACGCAGACGAGAGUUCCUCCGGAAGAGAAUCCUGUUGCUGGCCAGGGCAGCGCUGCGUGCCAGGAGGAGGGUGACCAGGAGGACAGCUCCAGAGAAGCUGUCAGAAGCACAGAAGAUCUUCAAGAAGCUCCUACUGCUCGCCAAAGAGCCCCAGAGUACCCUGCCAGAUGUGUUUCUGUGGAUGCUGAGUGCAGGGCGGAGGCUGGCCUACUGCCGGAUCCCCUCACACUCCAUCCUGUUCUCUCUGGUGGAGGAGCAGAGAGGCAAGGACUGUGGCAAGCUGUCCACCAUCUACAUGAAGACCCCUGGUGGCCCUGUGGGAGAGAUCUUCGCCAAGCUUGAGGUGUAUCUGUGGCUGGGCAUCACUAAGUACGCCAAAAACUGUACCAUCAGCCUGCCUGGAGAGUUCCUGCCUGUUUGUGAGCCGAUGCCAGCUGGGGUGCCCAUGCCCGCCAACAUGCCCCCCAUCUCCCUGACCUGCCAGGACAGUCGUUACUUCCAGCUGCGUUGCCAUAUGUACCAGGCGCGUGGCAUCAUCGCCUCAGAUGACACCGGCCUGUCGGACCCCUUCACCAAGGUGCUGUUCUCCACGCAGUGCCAGGUCUCACGGAUCCUGAACCAGACCCUGUCCCCUACCUGGUGUGAGCUGCUGCUGUUCGACAGGGUCUUGAUCGAGGGCACCAAGGAGGAGCUGAGGGAUGACCCUCCAAUCAUCAUCAUCAGCCUCUACGACUUCGAUGCCAUGAGCAAAAAUGACCCUCUGGGCCGGGCGUUUGCAGAGCCAGAGUUGAAGUUUGUGGAGGAGCCUUACAAGAAGCCUGGACUGAAAUUCUUCAACAUCACCAGAGGGCGUUCACAUGCUGGCCAGCUUCUGGCAGCGUUUGAGCUUAUAGAACUGGACUACUCCUGCUUUGGAGAGCCGUCCCUCAAUGCAGACGUGGACCCUCAGGAGCCCCAGUUUCUGGAGGAGGAGAGAUGCUACGUCAUACCUGAGGGUGUCCGGCCAGUCCUCAAGACCUUCAGGAUAGAGGUGUUGUUCUGGGGCCUGAGGGACCUGUGCAGGGUGAACCUGUUUGAGGUGGAGCGGCCCCAGGUGAGGAUAGAGUGUGCGGGCCACUGUCUGGAGUCGGAGGAGAUGGAGAACUACAAAGUCACACCCAACUUCAAGGAGAUCGUCAGACACUUCCAUGUGGAGCUUCCAGAGCAGGUAUACUUGCACCCGCCCCUCACCAUCUUCGUUCUGGAGCAGCGUGCGUUCGGGCGCAUGGUGCUGGUCGGCACACACGUGGUCCAGAGCCUGAUGGCCUUCGGGCCCCAGAACCUGGGAGACUGGGAUGAUGAGGAGGAGGAGGAGCCUAAGAGGCCAGUGAAGCUCUCCAUCCGGAAGACCACCCCUCUGGUCACAAUGAAGACCAUGCAGCUGGGAAACCUGCCCAUCAAGAUGUCCAAGAUCCCAAUAAACCUGGAGACCCAGAACUAG